CUUAAACAAAGACACAUGGGUGCCUUCUCUUUCAUUUCUUCACUUUUGAUCUCAACAUUGUUGGUGCAUUUAUGUUCGUACCAUUAUAAGGUUGAAGCCUCGGAGAUAAUCAUAGGUGCGGCCAGCCCUCCUGCUCCUUCCCCCGAAUACCAAGACUGUCCUCCUCCUCCUCCCCCUCCACUUUUGCCACCACCGCCGCCUCCAUCACCGCCACCACCGCCAGUGCUGCCACCACCGCCACAACCGCUGCCUCCAAAACCACAGCCUCCGCCAAAACCAAAAUCACCGCCACCACCGCUGCCUCCAAAACCACAGCCUCCACCAAAACCAAAAUCACCGCCGCCACUUUCCCCCGGCCCCUUUGAAAGCGAGCGAAUUAAAAUUGCCUACUAUGUGAUCCAGAAGUUCGUAGCCAAAAUCAGGUCCGACCCACACGACUUCACAAAGACAUGGCGAGGUACAAACGUUUGCCAAUACAAGGGCUUCGUCUGCGCAGUUCAUCCUGUCUACAAGCAGAAAGCAGUUUCCGGUUUAGACAUCAACGGGGCUAUGUUCGCAGGUUUCAACAAUAUACUUCCACUCAAAGGCUUCCUUGACGAGUUACCAGACUUGGUGUUUUAUCAUGCAAACUCCAACAACUUCACAGGCUCAGCCCCGGUAAGCCCUGCCAUGCUUCGAUACUUCUACGAGCUCGAUCUCAGCAACAACAAGCUAACUGGAGGGUUUCCGUACGAAGUUUUAACAGCAAAAAAUUUGACAUUUUUGGACCUCCGGUUCAACUCCUUUACCGGUCCUGUCCCAGCCAAAGUCUUCGAACUAGCAGUUGAUGUGCUCUUCCUCAACAACAACUAUUUCACUCAGCAGAUCCCUGACAAUCUUGGCUCCUCACCUGCCCAUUACUUCACUUUUGCCAACAACCAUUUCACCGGUCCGAUCCCAAGAAGCAUUGGCCAAGCAUCCAAAACCCUUUAUGAAGUUCUCUUCCUUGGGAACAAACUUUCAGGGUGUCUGCCAUACGAAAUUGGGUAUCUAAACCAGGCCACCGUGUUCGAUGCAAGUUCCAACGUCUUAACAGGCCCAAUACCAGCCUCGUUUGCUUGCUUGGCCAAGAUAGAGUAUCUAAACUUAGCCAAGAACCAGUUCUACGGACCCGUGCCUGAGAUGGUGUGCAAGUUGUCUACCCUUGGGAACUUCUCUUUGGCAGACAACUAUUUCACCGCGAUCGGUCCAGAGUGCCAGAAAUUGGUUGAUAGAAAGACACUUGAUGUUAGUAAGAACUGCAUUUUGGGCCAACCAAAUCAGAGAACAAAAAUGAAAUGUGCUACUUUCUUCUCCAAGCCUAGAAAGUGUCCCAACGAGAAGGAGAUGACUUACAUUCCUUGUAAAAGGCCGUAUUCGGGUUCAAAUGAGAAGAAGUCCGAUCAUCUGCCACGAGCUCCACUGUCAUAUGGUACUCUUAUACCACAUAGGCUUUGAUUUUCAUGCCGGAAUUGGACUCAUCAAAGCUGGGUGAUGAUGAGUUUUCUGGCAAUUAUGCAUAUACAGUUUAUUUCUAAAUGUUUGCAGCUACUUCAUAAUUUUAUGGAUAAAUGUAACGUAAUUUAUGUAGUCCUAAUUAAGCAGAUGUGCUUUCAGAAAAGUAAAUAAAUAAAUAAAAUUAAGCA